UUCUCAUGUUCCGUUAAGUUGUUUACAUCUGCAGUCCCAGCCACUUCUUCUUUCUCACUGGUACACGGCUGUCUUAUCCAGGUCAGUGCCAGUUGUCUCCGUCUCGGGGUCCUUAGGCCAGCUGUGGACCCCCACACUGGGCGGUCUCAGAGGCCCCUCCCAGCUCUUUACUUCUUGGCUGUCCCAAUUCCUCUGCCCUGAGUGGAGAGCUCUGUGUUCCAAUCGAUUGACCUUGCUGAGCCUGGAGUGGAGUUCCCAGUUCGACACACCUGUGAUCCGAAAAUGGCCUGGCUGGCCAGCAGUGAAGCUGCCCUAUGUUCCUCUUUGGGGUUUUCCAGGUGGAGAUGACUGGGAUGCAGUUUUGAGAAGCCGGGGACACACCCUGGUUUGCUCAGUGAAAAGCAGCCCUCUCUGAUCCUGCACACUGAGCGCCCAGCGACUAGCGGCUUGGAGGUGCUCUGAAGACCCUUACAGAAAUGCCGCCUUUACUCGCAGUGCUGUUGUUCCUCCUUUUGGUUGGUUGGCAGGUAGCUGCUGCAACUUCUGCUGGGACAUAUCUGUGCUCCAGCUCUCCUGUCAAUGAACCUGCCGUGUGUGCUUCAGUGGAAAGUGUCAGCCAGGAGACGCUUCUUGAGAUAGCCCGUGGCCAAGCUUCCCCCUGCAGCCUCACUUUUGGUCAAUACGCCUGUGCACAGAGUGCUUGGCUCCAGGACCUGCCGGAUGAUUUCCUCAUAUCCUUAUAUUCUUGCCUUAACCCUAAACCUGCCAGUGCUAUGGAUCCAGAAUACUCCAUUCUGUUCUUUUCCAAAUACGAUGCCAAGAAGCUUGUAGCUGCUCUGACUAUGUUCAGCCGGCGGUUUUCCCAUGUGCCUCUUUCUUUCGAGUGGAACAUGAUCUUCAUUAAUGGCCUGUGGGAGAAGAUGUUGCAAGUACCCGACGUUGACAGCCCACCCGUUUUGUCUCAGUGGGUCCAUGAGGGGCUUCAGCCCUUCCUGGUCGAGCCCAAGGUCUUUGCUUGCCUCCAUGCCAAAAACAUCUUGUGUGAGACAUUUCAGAUGAUAGUCGCUGCCCUGAAUGGCAUAUAUUCUGACCUUCCAGUGGAAGAACAGAGGAAUCUUUACAAUGGGAUCAAAUACUAUCUCCUUCAGGAUGGAUCAAACCAGAAAUGCUACAGUGCAGCUGUUCCAGGUCUGAAUUCCACUGCUUGGUUUGAAAAUUAUCUUGGAUCAUUUUUGGAGCAUGCUACUGUUGGAGACCUGCAGCUUUUUGGUGAUGAACCAACACUUCAAAAAUUUGCCAGAGAUCCAGUCAAUAUCCAGAUGAUCAGCAACCUCACCUUGCUCCGGGAGACAGCUGGGUACUAUACCUGGCUACUGACCUCUGCACCUGGUUUCCCCUUAUCGAGUCUCCCAGACAGAUUUGUUUGCUACCUGAGUCCCUCGGCAGUGAGCAACCUGAGCAGAGGUGACGCUUUGAUUUUGGCCCAGAGGAUCAGCAAGAACUGCCCGUUGAACCUGACACACAGAGGAGUAACUAGAGAGAGAGCUCCCUCCUCCCUGACAACAGAGGAACUGCAGGUUGCAUCCUCUUUGGUGAGAAAGUUUGAGCAUUUUUCUCCUGCAAUCCUGCGUGCGUUGGGCCAGGCUGCAGUUGGGCUGUCCGUAUCUGACAUUGAAAACAGCAUCAGUGAUAAAGACCUGGAAGCAUCUAUACCUGCCCUGGGUGAAGUUCGUGGCUGGAACUCUGAGCAGUCCAGCGCUAUUAUCAACAAACUGCUCAGCUCUGGCUAUCAGAUCCCAGAUGGACAGAGCCUGGCAAAGCUAGGGAGCUUGGUGGCUGGCCUCAACAGCAGCGCGCUUCGAAGUCUAUCCCCAGAAGUGAUCUUGGAAGCCAUUAAGUUGCCUGAGUUUGUUCAGCGACUGGGGACCCUGCCCUCUGCUCUGAAAAUGACAUUUGUGGAAAAGAUUUCCUCCAGUGUAGGCCACCCUGCUGACCUGGUUAAAUAUAUCCCUGAUGCUCUGGCCAGUUACAUUCCAAAAUCAUUGCUCGUUUUUGGAGAAGAAAAGCCUAAUAUUCAGGAUCUCAACAGUAAAAUGUGGACCCGAGAACAGGCUGCCGUGUUUUUCAGUGAUGUGAUAAAGACAGAGCCUGACUUCAGCAGGCUUUCCCAAUCAGUCCUCCAAGGCUUCACAUGUGCAGCUGCCAGUGAGAUGGAAGCAGGAAGAUUUCAGGAGCUGGCCAAAGUCAUGAAGAAAAAGGAUGUCAGGCUGGGAGAAGACCAGCUGAGUUGCUUAGUGAAGAUGGUGACGUUGCACGGGAUUCCCAAGGAUUUAGAUAGCUAUCCUAAAGACCUGUUGCUGUUUUUAAGUCCUUCAGACUAUGCAGCGACAGGAAGCUGUAGGCAGUACUUUGCUAAUAUUGGGAAAGCAAAUCUUGAUGUUCUGCAAAGAGAGUCAUCUCAGCGGAAACAGCUGCUCUUGGAAGGUUUAGCGUGUUUGAAAAUUCCUGGCACACAAGUGAAUGAGGACAAUGCAGAGAUUCUGGGGCGUCUGGUCUGUGACCUGGGUGGAGAAUACAUCAGAAGUUCUGGUGGGAAUUUGCUGAGGCAGCUAAGCCAAUGUGAAUCUUUCCUGCCUGAUCAAGAAGAGGCUAUUAGGAGUGUCAUCAGCAGUGGUAACACUACAUUUGGGCCUCCCGCAGCGUGGUCAGCUUUUACCUUGAAUGACCUCGGUGGAUUGAUUCCUGUAUUUGAUCACAGCAUCUUGCAGAAGAUCCCCAAGAAUGCUUUAAUUCUUUGGCUGAAAAACUUUGCACACGAUUCACCUCUGUCCAGGGAACAGCUGGCCAUCAUUGUUGAAGAACUCCUGCCUACUAGACAUAAGCGUGCUGAUGGUUGCCCACCUGGCAAGCAGGUAACAGAGAUGGUUCUUAACGAUGACAUGAUGCCUAUUUACUACACACCUGAGGAGUUACAUGCUUGCCUGAAGAAUGUCUCUCUGGAGAAUCACCUCUCUCAGAUACUGACCUAUCCCUUCAGUGUUCAGCAACUAGCUGUGCUGAAGAGGAAUCUGGAUGAGACAUAUCCUGAUGGGUAUCCUGAAAGUCUGCUCCCCAAACUGGGCCCCCUUCUUUCUUUCAUCACCCCCGAAGAUGUCUCCAAAUGGAAGAUAAUUUCAGCUGACACACUGGGUGACUUGCUAAAAAAUCAGCCCCCUGAUUAUCAGGCUUCUGCAGUGAUUAAAAGAUACAUUGACUUGGGAAAUGCCUUGAAUGCCACUGCACUGAAUGCAAUUGGUACAAAAUACGUGUGCCUUCUAAAUGAGACCCAGUUGAAUGCGAUAGACUCCAGCAGCUUGAAACUGGCAUCUCUGGAUCCUUCAGCCUGUUCUCAGCUUACGAAGGACAUCUUAUAUACUAAAGCAAAACGUGCUUUCUCAGACCAGCACUAUUUACCUGCUUACUAUGAGCUUAUUGAACCAUAUCUAGGGGGUGCUCCUGGUGCAGAUCUCAAAGCUCUAAGCAAGGACAACGUGAACAUGACAGUUGGUACUUUCCUGAAGUUAAGACGAGACUCUCUGAUGAGCCUGACGCCUUCUGAGGUUCAGGACUUGCUGGGAAUAAAUCUUCCUGAUCUGAAGAAAUGGCAGAACAAGUCUCCCAUCCGGGAGUGGGUUCAAAUGCAGAAACAAUCAGAACUGAAUAAACUGAAUGCUGGGCUCACUGGGGGAACACAAGAAGGUUACAUCAACAUUGUCACACCCAAAUUUCAGUCACCAUCCUCAGCCUCUCUGGGUACUGUGGCCAGGACACUCCACCUCCUGCCUGCUCUGCUUAUCACUUUCUUGAUGAUGUCCGUCUUGUCUUGAAAAUCUUCCCUCAAGAGAAAGCAAGAUGAGGGGGACCAGCCUGUGACCUGCUGAGAGGCCUGUUGGGAACAGCCACGCCUGGGGGGUGAGGGGGGUGCUCAGUGCUAGCAGGCAACUGUUGUGCAGCCCAGGGUUCACUUUUAGGUACUUUUGUCUUUCAAAUCACUCAGAAAAAAAAAAAAAAAAUCAGUGUUCUCUCUGAAGGGAAGAUUUCCGACUCUUCAGAGCAGGUUCUUUGCCUUUUGUACAGACCAAGCCCAGGUGAGGCCCAGCCAUGUUACUGCAACACAAAUGAUGUCGGUAUUUUACGGUGCAACCCUGGUGGGUUUAAGGGUAAACACACUGGCUGUUCUGCAUGUUAGUGAUUACACUUCUCAAGUUGCCUGAUCUCUUGACACUGCCAGGGCCUCUGAGUGGGAGUAAAGGUUUCCAGCUGAUUGUAAAUAAAUAAUGAAACUAAGUAAAAAAUGCCAGAAGCAGA